AUGGAGAUUUCGGGAGCUUCAGCUGGGAUGAACCCGAACCGGGAAGAUAUGCCAAGCUACGGAAGUACAGGUGGAAUCCAACAACGUGAUGAUCAACAGGUUAUGGGAGCCCAAUCCACCGCAACCGCAGCGCCGGAAUCGCGAUCUGGAGACCAGAACGAGACGGACGUCUCGCGUGGAUUUCUGGAUAUGGAUGGCGAGACUACCGCAGGUCGUGUGGAUGAAGACAGGAGCGAAGGGAGAACUGCGGGGGUUGAACCUGCAUUGAGGAAUCCUGGAGCACUGUUGAACGGAUCCAGUGCGGCGAUGCCAAAGGCGACCAGGCACUCGAGAUUGGGUGCGUUGUUGUCUGACGUGUCAUUGGCGGUGCAAGGAGUUGUGAAGGCCCCACCGGCAGUGAGAGUGCAGGAUCCAGUUGAAAGAAGUGGCCCUGGGUCAGUGGGUACUGAGGGUACGGUGAGAACUUCGGGUUCAGGGUACGCUACUGCUGUGUCGGAAGGAGAUGGAGCAGAACAGUAUCUGAGGCCUGAGGCUGCCAAUUCGGGUUUCCAGGCCCCUCUGUUUUCUGUAGAGCAAGCAGAGCGGCUGGAGACAAUGGCGAAAGCAGCGCCCUUGAUCUACCCGGAGGCGCAGGGUGUUCCAGAGAUUCCGCAUUCAGUGAGUUCGGGCUCUGGAGACGCCAUUCAGCUGGAAGUCAAACGACAGUUGCAACAAUUCAUGGCUGUACAGGCUGGGUCGGCCGCCUUCCUCACCACAAGUGCCGUGGCCUCUGUGACCCAAGUGGGGCAUGGACCGGUUGCAUCAGGUCAGGCGCAGGUCCCGACGCAAGCAGGUCAGGUCCCAGGUGCCCUCCAAGCCGCACAAGGCAUCGUACAGUUGCAAGGAGUCGUGGCGGAUCUUGCCGCCACAAAGGGAUCUUCCACCAGUGCCCAUGGGCCAAGCACGGAAGUGGUCCGUCCGGGCAUAAGUGAGCUCACCAAGCUCCCAUCGCCCACGUUGGAGGGCGCGUUGGGAUUUGCAGACUGGGUGCAUGCCAUUCGCCCGGCUAUGUCGGACCUCUCCGAUAGCUCGGGAGAGUGCUGGGAGCGAUUGCUAUCGGAUGCACAGGACUGGUAUCACAACCAGUAUGUUCAGGCGACUCCGUUGGCCAGGGUCCGGACAAAGUAUGCCACUUCGCCGGCAGAAAGAGAUGUCCGAUGGACCAGAGUAAGGCAUCGCAUGGAACACCUCAUUAUCCAGGCGUGUCCCGAUACGGUGAAGUCUGAACUAAGUGCAGCUCGGGUCAGCGGUGUGAUGAGUCUGUUAUGCAAGCUCCAUAUAGUGUACAAGCCAGGAGGAGUAGCAGAGCGUUCGGAGGCUUUGAGGCAGGUCCAGAGCCCUCAGGCGGCAGACUCGCCGAUCGAUGCGGUCCUGAAGCUGCGCACGUGGCGCCGGUGGCUGGUGCGACUUACGGAUUUAGGAGGUUCGCCUCCUGACCCAGCGGUGUGCAUUGUUGCUCUGGAGGCCAUCACCAACCAGGUUACGGAGUUUUUCGAGCACUUGUUGGCGGAGCAGUGCCAGGUUGAGGCCAAGGCGUCACAAGGUGCAACCGGUGAAGCAGCCACUCCUGCAAAGGCCCCGCAUCCCAAGUCAACCCUCCCCACGAACUCAGGAGGAGAUGCGAGCAAGCGUUUGUGCCGAUGGUUUCAUGAUGGGAAGGGAUGCCGCAAGGGUGGUGAGUGCAGCUUUGUGCAUGACUGGGCGUCGAUUCCCAAGGCUGACCGAGCUACGCGUUGCAUGAGGUGCGGAGGCCAAGGACACAAGAAGGACACGUGCACGGCCCCAGCAGGCUCCCCGAAGGCAAGGUCUGAGGCAGGCACACCUAAGGCGCAACCCAAGGAAGCACAGCCAAAACCUAAGGCAGAUGCAGGUUUGAGGAAGGUGCUCUCGGAGGCAGCAGGUGUUCUCAAAGAGGCGUUGAGGUCGGCCGGCAAUGACAGUGAGGGGCCUCGGGAAGGUAGCUCUCCCAGCGCCAAGUCGGCUGGAGGUGGAGCAGAAGGGGGCUCGGCAGCUGCCAGAGCCGCGGCGGGCCCGCCAGUGAUGGCGACAGCGGCUAAGAUCGAGGCUCAACUACAGGACCUCGAGGCCCGCGUCCUCGAGGGCAAUGCCAGGGUGCGCGCGAUCUCAGCAGAGGAACCCACAGAAUCCUCUGAACCCACAGCCCUUCUGGAUUCCGGGGCAACGCAUACGGUGUUGGACCCUACCGCAGUGAAGGCCAGUGAUGAUCUACUUCCCUGUAUGGUGUCGCUAGCGGGCGACCAAAAACAGAUGUGGAAGCAAACGCCAGGGGGUUCGCUGGUCGCCUCACACAGAGAUCGGGGUGGGGAGACACAGACGAUACUGCCUUUGGGGUCGCUGAUAGAGCAGUUGGGGUGUAGUGUUAAGUGGUCCCGUAAGACAGGUUUGCAGUUGACGCACCCCCGUUUGGGGAAGCUUGACACCAGCAUGCGCAGCGGAUGCCCACAGAUCAGCAAGCGCCAGGCUCUUCAGCUGGUUCGAGAACUUGAAGGAGCGCAUGUGGGAGAGCUGGAAGGGAGGUUGCGACGCAUCCAAUCAAGGAUCGCUGCCCAGGGCCAUCAGGAGUUCCAAGCUGUUCUUGAUGAGUUCAUCUCCAGCGGCUCUCAAGGGGCAGCCCAGAAGCUGGUGGACAGAAUGCCAUACCUGAAGGACGUGCCCGCGCGAAUCACCAGCAAGCUGGCGACCGAUUUGGAAGCCGUUCAAGGAUGGGAGUUGCUCAAGGCGUUGCCGCUGAACCGUCGGAUGCGGAAGCGGUUGCACAACUCGUCUUCGUGGGUACUGAGCCUUUGUAGUGGACGGGGAGACCCAGGUUUGAAGGCUAUGUGUCAGCAACAGGGUUACGACUUAGUGGAGGUCGAUGUUUUGACAUCCCGUGGAUGGGACCUCACGGACGCCGGGUUGUGGCGAGCGAUCACGUGGGCCGCCUACACCGGGAGAGUCGCAGCUGUGAUUGCUGACCCGCCAGUUAGGUCCUGGCAGCGGAUGUAUACUUCCGAAGGCCCCACUCAGUUGCGAACCCCGUCAGCGCCUUGGGGCGUUCAAGGUCUGAAGGAAUCUAGCCAGACUAAGUUGGACAAUGAUAUCCUUUUGAGCUUGCAGCCGUUGUGGGUUUGGACCGUUGCUUCCGUGGCCAGGGGUCAAGGUGUGCCGUUUUGUCUGACCGAAGGGAAGUUUGCGGACUAUGAUCUCCAGGAGCAGAGGGAAUCCGUCUUGGAGUUGUUUGCAAGGUGGAGCAAUUGCAAGUUCUACAGUGCGCCCUGGACAAUCAAGGGAGCCCAACAUACCCGACCCUUGCAGGUGUGCACCAACUUGGGGUUUAGUCCCGAUACCCUUAAGGGUUUAGCUAGCGCGCAGCCCAGACCGGAGGUAGCAACCCCAGCCUGGCCUGAAGGUUUCAAGUGGCAGUUGCGUGCAGCUUUGUUCGGGCAGGGAUCCGCAGAGCAAGGUUCCAAGGUCAAGGUCGAGGCUUGCAGUCAGUUCCCGGGCCGGACUGAGGAGGAGCCAGGCGCGACGGCGGGCCCGAAGGGGUCCCCAGGUUGCACGGAGGACACAGGUCAGGUUCCUCACGUGAGGGCAGUGGAUCCAGCCGAUCCAGGUGAUCAAUCCGACCAGGAGGUCAUGAGGGAGUUCGCUGCUGGGCCAUUGGUAGGCGAGGAAGGUAAGGUCAGCGAUUCAAAGGAGGCCGCCCGUGAGCCUGCCAAGCCAGAGGAGAUACCUACCCUUACGCCCCAGCAAAGGGAAGGUUGGAAAAGGCAUUUAGAGGCUCACCACAUUCCGUUCCGCAGAGACUGUUUGCAAUGCGUCAUGAGUGGUGCUUUAGGCCUGCAGCACAGAAGAAUAAAGUGUCCCAACAUGUACGCUCUGAGCUUCGAUCUUGCUGGUCCCUUCAAGGAGCUAGGCAGAAACGAGCGUGGAGGGAAGUACAAGUAUGCUUUGGUUGCCGGGUUGAGGGUGCCAGCAGUAGCCCUUCCUCCAGAACCACCGAAGCGCGGGAGCAAGAAGGACCCACCGCAGGCCCCAGCAGGCCCCUCUGAAGACCAGUCUUCCCCGAAGGCUGACCAAGCCCCGUUGGUUGUCCAUCCUGAUUCCUCGGAGCCGCCGGAGCGUGAGGAGGACGAGAGGUCACCCGAGGACCCAUGGGAAGACCACCAAGGGAUUUCCGGUUUAAGUGAUGAAGAGUUCGACCGGGAAAUUGCCAAGUUGGGGUUUAGUGGGGAAAAUAAGGUUUUGCGCUUUGUGGUGCCACUGCAGGGCCGAAGUGGAGCUCACAUUUUGCCAGCCUUGCAAGAGGUCGUGACCGAAUGCCACAGAUUGGGAUAUCCCGUGAAGUCUGCGCACACGGAUAGGGCAACGGAGGCAGUGUCAAAGGCCACAACAGAUUGGCUGCAGUCGCAGCUGAUCCAGCCUUCGUUCACCCAGGGUGACGAUCCAAAGUCUAAUGGGUUGGCCGAGAGGUUGGUUGGUUGGGUUAAGGCCAGGGCCAGGUUGCACUUGUUGGCGUCUUUGAGCUACGAGCACUGGCCCACCGCGAUGGCAUUGGCGUGUGCUGAACACCGCCACCAGACCCUGAGGUUGCCCGGCAGAGUGCAUCAGUAUGGGCAGCGUGUGGUGUUCAAGUCAAAGCACCCUACGGGGGAGUCAAAGAAGCCGUUUCUGCGAUGGGAAUACGCCACUUACCUGACCCCAUCAUCGCAGACCGACCUUGGUCACGUGUUGUUGCGGGAGUCUACGGGUGGCUACCUGAUCGCUCGGAAUGUGAGGCCUACGAGUGAGCUUGUGGAUCCAGAAAGAAACCCAGAGGUUCAACAGGCGUUGGAGGCAGAGGUUCCCGAUGAAGGUCCAGGUGACACACCGGAGGUGCUGAGACGUGUGACCGGAAAACGCAAGGUCAGAGCUGUGACCACAGCUUCGGAGGCAUUGGCCGAAGAACUUCUGAAGGGAGCCGACUACAGCCCGGAGGCUUGUGGGAGAUUGCUGCAGCUUGCCUUUGGAGGUGCCAUUACCCAGUCACGAAGACAGCAUAGGGGCUUGAUUGGGUUUUCGGUUGUGCUUGGAGCCUACGGCCAUGGAGGGCUCAGAGGAGUCACGCGUGCAACUCAAGCCCACAAAAGGCUGACCGCAUAUCUCAACAGAUACCUACAGCAAGGAGCGAAGACGCUCACUAAGGCGCCGCAAUGGUCAGCUAUCACGGUUGUACUGGCAGAUGAAGUAGCAGUGCAUCGGGAUGUAAGAAACGAACCAGGCACUACAAACUUCUUGUCGACAGUAACAAGUAGGCAGAUGUGGUUGAGUGAGCAAGCUUCAGAAGGUGUUGAAGGAGCAUGGAAGGUUGAAAAAGGGGUGACCAUGACAAAUCCAGGCGGAGAUGAAGAGUUGGGCAAUGAGUACCAAUUGGGAGCUCAAGUCGUUGCCUUUGAUGCCCGUCGGCAUCAUGCCGUUUCUCCUGCCACGAACUGGGUGAUAGCUGGUUAUAGUCCCCUAGGCACCUUAAAGCUCCCCAGCAAAGAGUUGGAUUGGUUGAGAGAGCUAGGGUUCAGCCCGCCCAUAGGUGCCCAAGGUGAGCAGGCACAGGUGUGCAAGCUGGUGGGACCGAACCCACAACGGAUGCCUAUGCCUCGCGCCAGACAGCAACAGCGACGAGCUGUGCAAACGAGGAGCAUGAAUGUUAGGUUUGCAAGAAUCCCACCGGAAGAGUGGAGGGCUCUGUGUGAGCUCGAUGAAGCGCAGUUUGAGCAAGGCAUGGAAAGGUGGACAAGGGUCCUUAGCGGUGCAGAUGAGGUCGGCGUGGGCCGCCUGCCAGCAGCGAUCCCUAGAGGGUUGUUGGUGGGUACGCUUAGAGAUGGUAGACAGUGGCAUGAUGACCCUGUUUUAGAGUAUCGGCUGCCAGAUGGAAGCGUGGUGCCCGUGGCCCGUGUCUUGCAGUUCACGGAUGAUGAUAGCAUGUACUUGGAUGAUUCCCCGUUCCCAGAUCGGUUGAUGAUGUUCGAUAUCAUCGAUUUGGAAAGGGACAUCAAUGAAGUGAUUGUCAUCCGGGUCUUAAUGGAAGAAGUUAGACAGGCACCUGAGGUGAUGACCGAGAGGGUGUUGCAAGAGCCAGGUCCACUACCACCUGAGGUUAUGGCCGUGCGCGCUACAGGCUUAGCGUCAUCAUCCAAUGACCCGUUCAGCAGCGUUCCUGAACAGCUUCCGGUGCCGUUACCCAACCCUACCAGUCUGAAGCUGCGCACCGAUGAAGCUGUCUUGAGUAAACCCCCACCAAGGGAGGAGCAGUUUGCGAUGAAAGCAGAAGUCGCGACGACGGACAACCUGGAAGAGUUGCUAGCUGGACUUCAGGAGCCGCUCAGCAUCACCCACACAGCCUCACAGUCCGAGGUCCGCCAAUGCUUGGAGCGCUGGAGACCGUCGAUUGAGAAGGAGCUGGGUGAUUUGAAGAAGUCUGGAGUGUUGGUAAGUCAGUUUGGUCAGGAAGCCAAGGAACUCAUGAACCAACCUGGGACUACCACGAUACCCCUGAAAGGAGUAUUCACAGCAAAGGGCCCAUCUGCAGGGUCGAGUGCACUCUUUCGCAGGAAAUGCCGUUUGGUCGCUUGCGGCAACCAAACUCCCCACAGCGACGCCGAAUCGCUGUAUGCCAGUGGAGCACCAGCAGAGUUAGUCAGGGCCUCUUUGAUAGAAGCGAGCGGCCACAUGUGGGGAGCUUACACAUGCGACAUCAGGUCAGCUUUCACUCUCACCCCCAUACCCAAGGAAGCGGGCAGAAGGUACGUGUUAAAGCCCCCGAGGUGGUUGAUAGAGUUGGGUUUAGCCCAAGAGGGCGAGUGCUACACUCUGGGAAGGGUUCUCUAUGGGUUUAGAGAAGCCCCAGUCUGGUGGUCAGAGUUUAGGGAUGAGGAACUAAAGAAGGCCUCCUUUGCCGGGUGUAGACUAGUCCAAGGUGAAGCUGACUCAAGCGUGUGGAAGAUCAUGUCAGGAACUGCCUUGAAAGGGUUCUUGAUUACCUAUGUGGAUGACUUCCUGGUGCUCAGUGACGAUGUUGUUGCAAAGGCGUUCCAUGCUUGGAUCCUUGAAGGGGCGAAAUGGGAGACGGAUGGCUUGUCGGAGGCUUCCCAAGAGUCUCCUGUUAGGUUUCUUGGCAUGCAGUUGAAGCGGUACUCAGAUGGAAGCUUCACGUUGGAUCAGGAAGCUUAUGUGGAUGAGCUGACAAGGUCGCAUGGUUUGACUCCGUCGAUGAGAUCUAAGAUCACCUGCCCCAAGGAGUUGAUGUAUGGCUCGCCUGAAGAAGCCACAGAGUCAGAUUCGGGCUCUACCAAGGAUGCGCCACCGCGUGAAGAUGAGGGCGAUGUGACAAAGCAGGCCCAGCGCAUAGCCGGAGAGUGCCUUUGGUUGUCACAGCGGACCCGCAUGGACAUUUCGUUCACAACUUCGGUGAUGUGCUCGUUGGUUGCCACCGACCCUGAAAAGGCUCUGGCGAUAGGCCGUAGGCUGCUGAUGUACUUGGCCCAGACGAGAGACUACAAGCUACGGUUGAAGGGCGAUCCCAAUGCACCAGUCCUGCGUAUCUACACGGAUGCAUCGUUCUCGCCGGAGGGACGACAUUCGUACGGGGGACACGUUCUGGAGUUUAGGGGAUCACCGGCGGUGUGGAGAGCAGGCCGGCAGCAACUUGUGGCAAUGAGCUCGGCGGAAGCGGAGUUGAUCCAAGUGGUGGAGGGAUGCACCUAUGGCGAGUCGUUCCUUUCGUUGCUAGGUGACCUUCAGGUGCAGUGUGAAGGUGCACAGGUUGAGGUCGACAAUACAGCAGCGAUUGCCCUGGUCAAGGGCGGAUGCUCCCAGCGCACCCGCCAUUUGAAGGUCAGAGGGGCAAAGUUGAACCAGUUGUUGCGUCAAGGCUGGUCCCUGAACCACUGCCAAGGUGUUUACCAGAAGGCAGACAUCUUGACUAAGCCCCUCCCCUCAGCAAGGUUGCGGUUCCUGUGCGAAAUGCUAGGUUUAGGCCCUGGUGAUAGCCCUGAGCAGCCUAAGGUGCAGAAGGUGAAGGGAGUGAGUAAGGUGUUCAAGGUCUGCUUGGCAGGCUUGCUAACGUCACUUCAGGGGGUUGUGUGCAAGGGCGAAGAGUCAAAGCCAGCCCUCCAAGUGGAAUGGCCUUGGGAGCUUAUGCUUGCUGUGCUGUUGAUUGUGUUGUCAACAGUAUGCUUGUGGGAGACUCUGCGUAAGGGUGUCGGCGCAAGGACCGAGCAACGUGAAGACCGCCUGCCUCGUGUGAGAGCGGUAGCUGCUUCCAAGGAACGAAAGGCCAAAAGGUUGCAGGAUCGGGUCACCGCAGCAAUCAAUGCUGCGGUUAGCGAGUCCAGUCCCACCGGAAGCGAGUCUACAGUGCAACCGCGAAAGGGCCGCAACAAGUGUCCGAGGUCGCCAGGGCAGGCGCCAAGUGCGUCGCCGCAGCAUGCGCCAGCCGUGUAUGGAGGGGUGAAUAUUCACCUGACGCAGAACCCUGGGGAUCCUCAGGUUGAGACCACCGGUGCCCAACGACAGGGAUACGGGGACCUGUUUCCGAUACAGGGUUCAUUUCCCGCCGGACCGGUUGGACCACCCACGAGCUACAGCCAACCGGUGCAGAACCCACCACCGUGCCAACUUGGCCCGUCAUCAAGCAGUGCUGUGCCGGUUAGGGUUCCUAACGAAGGGUUUGUCCAAGGUCCGUCACAGCCCCGAACCAACUCCCAAGUGACCCAGACUGACCCAGUGAUUGUCCUUCAUCCAGAGGCUUCAGUGUAUUCUUCGGCUGGUGGUCAUUGCAUUCAUUGUGAGAUUGGGUGUCGGGGUCUGAGGAAUGCGGGUCAUAUCCACACAAGGGGAAUCUGUCAGUACUGCCUAAGAAAGGCAGGACCGCGAGCUGGAUUUUAA